AUGGCACCAAUUCUCGAGUCCGUCAUAGAGGAUUAUCGCUAUACGGCCCUUCCGGAACAAGGACCUGGAGAUCUUUAUAUCCGUCUCCUGGAUAUACUUCCAGGUGGCCCUAAAGAUGAAGCGCUCAGACUUGGCCUACGAACAACUCGCCUGGAAGAAAGCCCGACGUAUGAAUGUCUCUCAUAUGCCUGGGGUACGUCAGAUGGAGACCGUGAAGAAAAGGAGGUCUUUGUCGUAGGACCUAACGCCGAAUCGUUCAAAUUGAGAAUCCGCAAGAACCUUAAUGACGCCCUCCGAGCCUUGCGCCACUCGUCACGAUCGCGCACUAUUUGGGCAGAUGCAAUUUGUAUUAAUCAGGAGGACCACGAAGAACGCAGUAGCCAAGUCAUACUCAUGGGUCUCAUAUACUGGUCCGCCUCCAGGGUCAAUAUCUGGCUCGGCCCAGAUAGACGUGGGGUUGCAAAGAUGGCAUUCGAAGCCGUGAAACCAAUAUCAGCUGCGCAUUGGGAGACAGAUGCAAGGUUAUCGAGUUUUAGCAAAGAACAAGCUGCCGAACUGGACCCAGUUCCUUGGGAAGGAGUCGCGGAGCUUUAUCGAAAUUCCUGGUUCGAACGCGCCUGGGUGCAACAAGAGUUAGGCCUUUCAAAAGAAGCCUAUUUUUACUGGGGAGAUAGCCCUCCGAUCGACGUGAGGGAUCUCUUUAGCUUCGAUCUCUGGAUGGAGAGCGUUGGCGAUUCCGUUAGGGCUCGAUUCAUCGGCGACGCAUCUGGAGUACGAGGAACACGGAACUUAUGGUUACAGUAUAGUCGUGUAACACGCAGCGACUGGCCUGGAGAUCCUGAUCAAUUUAUGGCCGAGAACCCUUUCCUUCAGGUUCUAGUAGAUGGCUCUAACUGCAAAGCCACCGACCCGCGAGAUCAUGUAUACGCCUUCCUAGGUCAUCCCGCUGCGCGAAGACGAAAUGCGUAUGAAAACGAUCAGAGUAUGAACUACGCGGAGAUAUUUAUUGAUGUAAAUCAUACCUUUAUAACACCCGACUAUAGAAGAACUGUCGACGAGGUGUUCCUGGACGUUGCCAAGAAAUUGCUGGUGCAGCAUAACGACUUGCGAAUACUUGGCGCAGUCUCCCAUUCUACUGGAACAAUUGCAUCUGAUUAUCCAAGCUGGGUGCCACGGUGGAAUGCCAAUCAACAUCGCAAAACGAUUGGCAUAUCAGUGUCUAUAUGGCCGACCAAGAUAGAUGUCCCUGGACUUCCCACAACGCGCAUCGAGGUUAACGCACUUCAUGUCCAAGGCCUGGUUAUCUCAACCGUUUCUAGUCUUCUAAAGUGGACUAAGGAGUGUAUACAGGUUGCCACGGUGGAUGUGUUUGCGCGAAAGAACACCAUAGAGAUGUUAUAUGGGAGGCGGCUAUUUCAAACGAAAGAUGGACGGAAGGGUAUGGUACAGGAUAUCGUACAAGCUGGUGAUGUCGUGGCUCUCUUAGUAGGCGCAUGCUCUCCUUGCGUCCUGAGACAUGUAGAAGGUGGAAAGUUCAAGCUUGUAGGAACUUGCUUGAUGCUCGGUUUGGCGGACGAUGAUUUAAAUGAUAUGAUUAAUAAUAGGAGAGGACAAAUACAAGAAAUGAUAAUAGUGUAGGUAGAAAUGGUUGACG